CUACAGUGACAGUGGCAUCUUAGAAGUCUCCCUGUUCACAACGUCAAUCAUCAACAACAAGAAAUUCUCUGAAUCACAGCGCUGAUUACCACUGAAAUACCUGAUAUCUCUCACUUCACGACACUGCCACUCAUAAAGACCUCAUAUAGCAACCCGGGAAUAACACGUUACGCGGCGCCGGUGAGCCCAGCCAUCAACAUGGACGUCGCCCAAGCAGUAUCUGGGUACAUCAAUAAGGUGGUUACGACGAGCGAUACGUCGUCUGCCAAGAUGAAAAUCCUCCUACUCGAUAGAGAAACAGUCUCCAUCGUCUCGACUGCGGUCACACAGUCUUCUCUUCUCAACCAUGAAGUCUAUCUCAUCGAUCGUCUGGACAACGCUGCGAGAGAGAAGAUGCGACACCUACGAUGUCUAUCUUUCGUGCGGCCAUCGCCGGAAUCAAUUCAGCUACUCAUAGAUGAGCUUCGUGAUCCCAAAUAUGGCGAGUAUCACUUGUACUUUACAAAUGUUGUCAAGAAGUCGUCCUUGGAACGAUUGGCUGAGGCUGAUGACCAUGAGGUGGUCAAACUGGUCCAGGAGCACUUUGCUGAUUACAAUGUCAUCAACCCUGAUCUCUUUUCUUUCAGCUUUACUCUUCCACAACAGAGAAUCUGGGCAGGGAGUCCUGAUACAUGGAACCCUGACUCCUUACAGCGAUGCUCAGAGGGUUUAGUUGCUGUCUUACUCUCACUCAAGAAAAAGCCCCUCAUCAGGUACCAGAAGACAAGCCCCUUGGCGAAGAAGCUGGCAUCAGAGGUCCGAUAUCUGAUGACCCAAGAGGAUUCACUAUUUGACUUCCGAAAAGUCGACACUCCUCCCAUUCUCCUUGUGUUGGAUCGCCGGGAAGAUCCAGUGACACCACUGCUCACACAAUGGACAUAUCAAGCCAUGGUCCACCAUCUCUUGGGUAUUCAGAACGGGCGCGUCGAUCUGAGCGACGUUCCAGAUAUUAGCCCAGAGCAAAAGGAGAUCGUUCUAUCACAGGAUCAGGACCCAUUCUUCAAAAAGAACAUGUUUCUGAACUUUGGCGACCUUGGAGGCAACAUCAAGGAAUAUGUUGGCCAAUUUCAGUCGAAAACCAAGAACAAUGAGAACAUCGAGUCAAUAUCGGAUAUGAAGCGAUUUAUCGAGGAAUAUCCAGAAUUCAGAAAGCUCUCUGGCAACGUCAGUAAGCAUGUUACCCUGGUAUCAGAACUCAGCAGACGUGUAGCUGCCGACAAUCUCCUAGAGGUUAGUGAGCUGGAACAAAGUCUAGCUUGCAACGACAACCAUGGGACUGAUGUAAAGAAUAUUCAGCGACUCAUUCAAUCACCGAAUGUUACACCAGAAAGUAAGGUUGGCCUCGUAGCUUUAUACGCUCUCCGCUAUCAUAAACAUCCUUCCAACACUUUGCCCAUGCUUCAGGACCUCCUUGUCGCUGCCGGAAACGUAUCUCCGCGAGAGGCAGAUUUGGUCAGCAAGGUGACGGCGUAUCACAACUCCCUUCAAGCGUCACAGUCUCAGGGCGGAAUAUCAGAAAUCUUCGAGUCGGCAGGCAUUUUCUCUGGUACUAGCAGCCGCUUCAAGGGUCUCAAAGGAGUAGAAAAUGUCUAUACGCAACACAGCCCAUUGUUAGAGACUACCCUACAGAACUUGAUCAAAGGACGACUCAAGGACCAGCAAUACCCCUUCGUCGAAGGUGGUGGUACGACCAAGGACAAACCUCAGGACAUAAUCGUAUUCAUCGUUGGGGGUGCGACUUAUGAAGAAGCCAAGAUGAUCGCAGAGCUGAACGCGUCGAGUCCAGGCGUCAGAGUAGUUUUAGGAGGUACAACGAUUCACAACUCGGCGACCUUCUUGGAGGAGGUGGAUGACGCUGUCAGUUCAUGGCCAGAGAGCCGUGGUAGGAGGUAGAGAUUAUGGUCAUAUGAGAAACAGUAUCAAUUGCAGCGACGAUUUUGAGCCAUUUUAAAUCAAAUACAGAUAAUGUCAACCAUUGAAUUGUACCUAAAUUUAUUGUCUAUUGCAAGG